CCUUAAUUUGAUACCUUCAUUUUGUUUUAUGACAAUUAUAUUUUGAUUCAAUACAUUUUUUUUUUUCUCCUUCAAAAGGUCAUAUUAAUUCCAGAAUAUAAUUUCUGAAGAUAUUCCAGGUAUCCACUAGUCAAAAAAAUUGAGGUUGAAUCAAUGAAAAACUUUUGAGGAUAACAUGAAAAUAUAAUAAAUAAAUAACAUUGAAGAUUAAUUAUUAUAUUAAAUGAUGAUAUUGAAAAGUAGAGCUAACACGUUUUAAUGUCACGUUUUAAUCACGUUUUUCUUACCCUGGCAUUUGACUUGAAUAUUAUGAUUUUGAUAUGAAAGGUCAUUUUGUUGAACCUAAUGGUGAAGACACCAAGAUAAGCAAGGAUUAUCCAAUAUUAAAAUCAUUUCUUGCUGGUUCAUUUUCUGGUACAUUUUCUACAAUAUUAUUUCAACCAUUGGAUUUAAUUAAAACACGUUUACAAAAUACUGCUAAUAAUCAUGGAAGUCCACCAAGACAUCCAAUGCUAUCAACUGUCAUUCAGAUUGUACAAAAAGAUAAUAUCUUUGGCUUGUGGAAAGGCAUGACCCCGUCAAUAACACGUGUAAUACCUGGAGUUGGUUUAUAUUUUUCUUCAAUUCACUGGUUAAAAAAUACACUUUUAUUUGAUGAACCACUCUCACCACUUCAUGCUGUAUCACUGGGAAUAGCUGCAAGAACUCUAUCUGGAUGUUUACUUAUUCCAAUAACAGUUGUUAAAACAAGAUAUGAAAGUGGAGUCUACAAAUACAAUAGCAUAAGUCAAGCACUAAUGUUAAUUUAUAAAUACGAAGGUGUACGUGGUUUAUCAAGUGGUCUAUUACCAACAUUAUUACGUGAUGCACCAUACAGUGGUCUUUAUCUUAUGUUUUAUACACAAUUAAAAAAUAUAUCUGACAUAGCUAUGGAUAAUCAACAGCUAGUUGCUGCUCAUUUUGGAUGUGGUAUUGUUGCUGGUAUAUUGGCAUCAGUUAUAACACAUCCAGCUGAUGUACUCAAAACAAAAAUGCAACUAUAUCCUCAUGAAUUUAAUAAUGCAUACAGAGGAUUUAUUUUUAUACAUACAAAAUAUGGAUUAUUGGGAUAUUUUAAAGGAAUUGUACCGAGAAUGUUGAGGAGAACAUUAGUCACAACAAUGGCAUGGACUGUAUAUGAGCAAAUUACUACAACAAUUGGGCUUAAAUAAAAUAAAAAUACAUUUAUUAAAUUUCAAUCUCCAAUGCAGUAUUCAAUUUUUUUUCAAUGAAAAAUAAAUAACUAUUAUUUAUUUUUUUUAAAAUUAUAUAUUGUACAUAUAUAUAUUUUUUUUCUAUUUGUAAAUAAAAAAUAAAUAUUUUAAAUAAGUAAAAAUGAA